CCGAGGCGCCACGGAGCCAUGGCCGGCCUGAACUGCAGGGUCGCGGUCGGACUGCUGGGGGUCCUGCUGCUGGGCGCUGCGCGCCUGGCCCGCGGAUGGGAAACUUAUGAGAUUUCUCUGCCACAUGGAAGCAACAUUACAGUCCUCAUAAAGCCUGGGGCCCCAACUCUGCCAGCGAACCUAUGUCAGAUCAUUUCUAAAAGACAGGUAACCGCAUUGUCCAUCAAAGCCGGAGAGACAGCAGUCUUUUCCUUUAGCUGCCGGGAUCCAGAGAAUCACUUUGUUGUCGAGAUCCAGAAGAAUAUUGACUGCAUGUCAGGUCCAUGUCCUUUUGGAGAGGUUCAUCUUCAGCCCUCAAUGUCAGUGUUGCCCACCCUCAACAGAACCUUCAUCUGGGAUGUCAAAGCUAACAAGAACAUCGGUCUAGAACUGCAGUUCUCCCUCCCUCGCCUGAGGCAGAUCGGGGAGGGGGAGAGCUGCCCGGACGGAGUCACUCACAGCAUCAGCAGCCGCGUUGACACCAAGAUGGUCAGGAUCGGAACCUUCUGCAGCAACGGCACUGUGUCCCGGAUCAAAAUGCAAGAGGGAGUGAAAAUGGCCUUGGCCCUCCCGUGGUUCCACAAGAGAAAAGUCUCCGGCUUCAGCAUCACAAACCGGUCGUCUAUAAAACGCCUGUGCAUCAUCGAAUCUGUGUUUGAAGGUGAAGGCUCCGCCACCCUGAUGUCUGCCAACUACCCGGACGGCUUCCCCGAGGACGAGCUCAUGACAUGGCAGUUCAUCAUCCCCGCGCACCUGCGGGCGAGCGUCUCCUUCCUCCACUUCAGUGUCUCCAACUGCGUGAAGAAGGAGGAGCGGGUUGAGUACUGCAUCCCAGGCUCCACCACCAACCCCGAGGUGUUCAAGCUGAAGGACAAGCAGCCUGGGAACAUAGCCGGGAACUUCAACCUCUCUCUGCAGGGCUGUGACCAAGAUGCCCAAAAUCCAGGCAUUCUCCGGCUGCAGUUUCAAGUAUUGGUCCAACAUCCACAAAAUGAAAGCAAUAAAACCUACGUGGUUGACUUGAGUAACGAGCAAGCCAUGUCACUGACCAUCGAGCAACGGCCCGGCAAACUGAGCCGCAAAUUUGUCCCCGGCUGCUUCGUGUGUCUGGACUCUCGGACCUGCAGCACCAACCUCACCCUGACAGCUGGCUCCAAACACAAGAUCUCCUUCCUUUGUGAUGAUCUGACACGCCUGUGGAUCAACGCCGAGAAAACCAUAAGCUGCCUGGACCACCGGUACUGUCACAGGAAGGCCUACUCGCUCCAGGUGCCGUGGUACAUCCUCCAACUGCCUGUGCAGCUGCACGACUUCUCCUGGAAGCUGCUGGUGCCCAAAGACAGCAUCAGCCUGGCACUGGUGCCUGCCCAGAAGCUGCAGCAGCACACUCACGAGAGGGUUUGCAACACCAGCUUCAGCUACCUCGUGGCCAGUGCCGUUCCCGGCCAGGACCUUUACUUCGGCUCCUUCUGCUCUGGAGGCUCCAUCGAGCAGAUUCAGGUGAAGCAGAACGUCUCGGUGACCCUCCGUGCCUUUGCCCCCAGCUUCCAGCAAGAGGCCUCCAGGCAGAGCCUGACCGUGUCCUUUGUCCCCCACUUCAAAGAGGAAGGUGUUUUCACAGUGACCCUGGACACGAAAAGCAAGGUCUACCUGAGGACCCCUAACUGGGACAAGGGCCUACCAUCCCUCACCUCCGUGUCCUGGAACAUCAGCGUGCCCCAAGACCAGGUGGCCUGCCUGACCUUCCUCAAAGAGCGGACGGGCGUGGUCUGCCAGACAGGGCGUGCGUUCAUGAUCAUCCAGGAGCAGCGGGCCCACACCGAGGAGAUCUUCAGCCUGGAGGAGGAGGUGCUGCCCAAGCCAAGCUUCCGCUAUCACAGCUUCUGGGUCAACAUCUCCAACUGCAGCCCCAUGAGCAAGAAGCAGCUGGACCUGCUUUUCUGGGUCUCGCUUACCCCAAGGACCAUGGACCUGACUGUCAUCAUCCUCGCGGUGGUGGGAGGUGGCGCCUUACUGCUGUUUGCCCUCGGACUCAUCAUUUGCUUUGUGAAAAAGAAUAGGAAAAAGAAGAUCAACAAGGGCCCAGCUGUAGGUAUCUACAAUGGUAACGUCAAUACCCAGAUGCCGAUGCAGCCAAAAACGUUUCAGAAAAGACGGAAGGACAACGAAUCCCACGUGUAUGCCGAAAUCGAUGACACCAUGGUGUAUGGGCAUCUGCUGCAGGAUUCCAAAGGGUCCUUCCUCCAGCCAAAGGUGGACACCUACCGGCCCUUCCAGGGCCCCACAGGGGACUGCCCUCCCUCCCCACCCCGCAUAUGCUCCAGGGCUCCAACUGCAAAGUUGACCGAAGAUGAGCCAUCCUCUGGCUUCCUUUCUGAGUCUGAGAGCGAAACGUACACCUUCUCCUACCCCAGCAGCAGGAAUAUAAGCAAGGGGAACACAGACCCUCCCUUGCUAGAAACCUACGAGACCAUGGAGCCUGGGGAAUAAUUUGGACCCACCCCUAAGACUUGACAUAAAGCAGGGCACUGAGAUGCCCUUUAGGGUUCCCACCCAGAAAUCCUGAAGAAGAGGAAUUCUGUGGAAGGAUAGCAGGAGGUUUUUCUGGAUGCCACCAACUUCUGAUUUCCAAGUGGACUCAUUCCAGUGCUGAGACAUUGAAAAUGAUGAAUUGUGAUCUGGAUACAAUCAUCACAGUGAAAGUCCUUCUAAACUCAGGUUGGGUUGUAACCAGUCCAUAAUGAGAGGGGAGAGGCUGAAUCACGCAGGACAGGGAUGCAGUGAGCCCUGGAUUUGGAUUUAGACUUCUUCAGGUUGACAGUGCCAACCCCUAGGAGCCCACGGAGACCCGUGGUCUCACUGGAGUCCCCUGGGUGGAAAUGUCAGUAUGCUUUAUUAUAUUUAUUUGGUGGUCCUGUGUAUUUAAGAAGUCAAUUGUAUAGCCAUGCAGCUCUUUUCACCUGACGUAGUGACAGCUCACGCUAACUGGUUAGUUGGCUGGGUUUUGACUUCUGCUCACCACUAGAUGUGCUUGUCCCCUGGGAGGUGGGAAUAAUUUGCAGUCUGUCCAGCCAGAAAAGGGUGUACGUGUUUGAGGGUACUGACGCACAUCUGCUUUGAUAAGAGACUUGCUGGUUCUCUUGCUCUGUGUGUGGUUAUCCUACCAUAGAAAUCCAUCUUGAGUCUCACUGUCCUUUGACCUAGAAGUAAGAGAAAUUUCAUGGAAUUGCCAUGUGUGGCUCUCCCAGCUGCAGCAAUACUUUAAUAUCUAAAUAGAAAUUUAGAGAGUGUUUUCAUCCUCUAAAAACAUUGAAGGAUACACCAAAGGGUGGCCGCCUGUAUUAGUUUCCUAAUGCUACUGCAACAAAUUACCACAAGCAUCGUGGCUUAAAAGAAUGCAAAUUUCCUAUCUUAGGGCUCUGGAGAUCAGAAGCACAAAAUGGGUUUCACUGAGCCAAAAUCCAUGUGUCAGCAGAGCUGUGCUCCUUCUGGAGUCUCUAGGGGAGAAUCCAUCUCCUUGCCUUUCCCAGUUUGUAGAGACUGCUCACAUUCCUUGCCUCAGAUGGUGGCAAUGUGACAUUCUUGCUUCCCUCUUUUACUGACAAGGACCUUUCACUUAUAAAGCCCGGCCGGAUAAUCCAGAAUUAUCUCCUCAUCUCAAGAUCUUUAAUUACACUGAAAAGUCCCUUCUGCCCUGUAAGGUAACAUAUCCACAGGUGCUGGGGAUUAGGACAUGGACCAUUAUUCUGCCUACCACACCUUUCCUGCCCCUGCAGGAGAGACUGGAGAAUGAUCCAGCCUACAGGUGUGUUUUGUUUAGCCUGUGCAUCUUUUUAAAGAGUUAGUCACCAACAUUUAAAAUUAUAAAAUGUUUACAUAAAAUUCUGGAUCAGAAGGUCUGGCCAUGCUGCGGCUCACAUUCUCACCGAGCAACAACCAGCUGGAGUUGAAACACAGCUCAUCUUUAGAUGCGGCAUCUGGUUCACCAGUUCACCACAGGGCCCACCAACCCUGUCACCUCACACACUGAGGCUGAGGGUCUGCUGCUAUUGGUCAACACGCUGCAGAGUUGCUUCUCAUAAUGAAAUGGAAAGUUCAAGACUCAUAUCUCAUAUGAAAUAAGAAGACAAUUCUUAAGGCUGAUGGGUGCUUCAGGAAAGUUUCUUUUACACACAGCCCACAUCCUUCAUUUAUACUAAUUACCAGCCCAGCUCCUGUGGGCAUUUGCCUUUGUGGCCCCUGUUCUCAUCCGGGAGGAGAAGAAUUGUGUUAUGGCUUGUCAGUACAGUCCCAGGUCGAUACUUCUGUGGCAAAACCUCCUUUAAAAAGUAGAUGUAGGGCUUCCCUGGUGGCGCAGUGGUUAAAGAAUCCUCCUGCCAAUGCAGGGUACGUGAGUUCAAACCCUGGUCCAGGAGGAUCCCACAUGCCACAGAGCAACUAAGCCUGAGCGCCACAACUACUGAGCCUGCACUCUAGAGCCCACGAGCCACAACUACUGAACCCGCAUGCCACAACUACUGAAGCCUACGCGCCCUGGAGCCCGUGCUCCGCAACAAGAGAAGCCACUGCAAUGAGACGCCCGCUCACCAUAACAAAGAGUAGCCCCCGCUCGCCGUAACUAGAGAAAGCCCGCGCGCAGCAACAAAGACCCAAUGCAGCCAAAAAUAAAUAAAUUUUUAAAAAAUAAAAUGAAUUAACUUUAAAAAAAAAAAAAAGAAAAGUAGAUGCAGGUCGUCGUGUUCAGUGACUUCACCUUGGAAAUACACUGCCCAGACUUGUCCACCUGCUACUUUGCCUCCAUGAAAAGGAGUUUUGCAAUCUCCUAAAUGGUGUGUUCCAGGGUUUUUUUUAACUCUUUCCAGGAGGAAGAGUAUGUUGGGGUUUUUUAAAUUAUGCCUUCGGUGCUGACAGUGACACCUUUACUUCUGAAAGGCUGGCUCUGCUCAGGGACCCUCAGCGUCGACAUGAGAUGCUGGCAAACACCCUCCAGGAAGGGCCAGAGGAGGGCUGUGCCUUCCUUCCCUCUGCUGAAAUUGUAUCAAUAUUUAAAAUCAUCGUUGGGGCCCUGACCCUCCAUUCUCUGCCUUCUCUGACCUCCUGGCUGCUUCUGACAGUCACUCAGUCAGUGCUCUGAAUCCCACCCUUAAAGCAUGGCUGUCAUCACAUGCCACCUUUACUCACAAGGGCACCACGUGGCCAUUUUCUUUUAACCGAGAGCUCAAAACUCCAGGCCAAGUUGCUGUCUUCCUGAGACCUCAGGUAGAUUUAAUGUUUUCCAAAGACAUGCCUCCUUGAAGGGGCCAGCCCAACAUACCCCUGGCUCUUCUCUUUAAAGCUCAGGCCCCACUUCUGUAAAAUAUUUCAGGGUCACUGAAAACCAAACACAUUUGUUGAAGCCUAGCUUGUGCCAGCACAGUAUCCUCCACGCUGGGUCUGCUGAUGCCGGGCUGCCCUCACGCCCAUCCUCUGUACCUGUGACAAAGCCCGACUCAGACAGGACUGGUUAAUGCUGCAGUCAUUUUGCACGGGAGGGCGAUGUCUCAAGGAAGAGUCAUGGGGGAAAAGCAUAAGUCCAUGGAACAUAACCUGGGUCAAGGUUGGGACUGAUCUGUGUGGAUCUGCAAUGCUUAACUCAAAAUAAUUUAUUUGUUGUAUAUACUUUUGAGGCAGCAUUUUAUUCAUUUCCUAUACUUUUUUAAAUAAACAAAUAUACAGAAAAAAAGGCA